AUGGCUCCACAAGCGUCUUCUAACACCGUCAACCACUACCUCGUUCCGCCCCAGCCUUACACAUCGUCUUUCCUUGCUCGUCUCAGCACAUUCAUCCUACAUGCCCCGUUCGACAUCGUAGAGUCUACGCUCCGUCCAUCAUCAACGCCUAGCGGUGAAACCGAACACAUCAACCCCAACAGCGACACUCUACGCCCCACGCAAUUCAUGACAACCGUGUGCCAAGGCCUUCUCCAAUUCCUCAACAUGGACUUUGACAAAGCUGAUCACGCCAGUCCAGAUACCAUCCCUCUCGCUUUAUGUCUACUACUCCGCUAUCGCGUGGCGUCUUCUUCCACGUCUCAGCGUGAAGACGAGCAUCGUGUUACCGACCAGAGAUGA